AUGACUAGAACAGUUUUUCUUACUGGGGCCACCGGCUUCAUUGCUCAGAAUAUCGUGAAAACACUUAUUGAAAGUGAUUAUAAUGUUGUUGGAACAGUCAGAACAGAAGCAAAAGGUGAUCACUUAACCAAAUUAUUGAACAGUGAAAAAUUCAAGUAUGAAAUAGUUCCAGAUAUUAGUGUUGACGGAGCUUUCGAUGAAGCAUUGAGCAAACAUCCAGAGGCAACUGUGUUAUUGCACACUGCUUCACCAUUUUUUUAUGAUACUACUGAUCCAGAAAAUGAUUUAGUACUUCCAGCCAUUAGAGGAACUAAGAAUAUAAUGAAAGCGGUCACGAAGUUCGGUAAGAAUAUCGAAAGAUUUGUUAUAACUUCAUCUGAUGCUGCUAUCUAUUCAGCAGAAGACGAGCAAGAUGCUACUAAGUCAUUUGACGAACUGAGUUGGAAUAACAUCACUUAUGAAGAAUCUUUAACAGAUGGGGUCACUGCUUACUAUGGAGCUAAAUCAUUUGCUGAAAAGGCAGCCUGGGAAUACAUCGAGAAAAACCCUGGAUUUCCUGCUUUAACUGCAGUUAAUCCUGUUUAUGUCUUUGGUCCACAGGCUUUUGAUAGCGAAGUGAAAGACGUUUUGAAUGUUUCAAAUGAAUUGAUCAAUUCAUUAAUUAAUUUAGGACCAAAUGAUAAAUUUGAAAUCGAUAAGGGUGGAUUUGUUGAUGUAAGAGACGUUGCUAAAGCUCAUGUAUUAGCAUUUGAAAAAGAAGAGACAAUUGGUAAAAGAUUAUUUUUAACUAAUGGUCAAUUCAGUUCACAAAUGAUGAUUGAUAUAAUCAAUGAAAAUUUCCCAGAAUUAAAAGGGAAAAUUCCAGUUGGUGAACCAGGUACUGGACCAGAACAUAUCAAAUCAUUAGGUAGAGUUGAUAAUAGUAAAACCAAACAAUUAUUAGGUUUUGAAUUCAGUUCUUUGGAUAAAAUUGUUGUCGACACCAUAAAACAAGUUUUAGCUAAAAAGAGUAAAUAA